GAGGGAGGGAGGAGGAGACGAGGAGGAGGAAGGAGACGAGGAGGAGGAGGGAGAGGGAGCUGGAAGGAGCCUCCGCUCCUGCCUUGGCUGGUGCCGGGGAUGGUGUUGGCCGCGGCAGCCGGGCCUUGAAGCCGCGCUCAGGUGGAAGCAGCAGGAAUGCUAACACUGGCAAGCAAGCUGAAGCGGGAUGAUGGUGUCAGAGGACCCCGUGCGUCCAACCCAGCGUCGGAUUCUACUCGGAGGGUGUCUGUGCGCGAUAAAUUACUUGUUAAAGAGGUUGCAGAGCUUGAAGCUAAUUUACCUUGUACAUGUAAAGUGAAUUUUCCUGACCCAAACAAGCUUCAUUACUUUCAGCUAACUGUAACCCCAGAUGAGGGCUAUUACCAAGGUGGAAAGUUUCAGUUUGAAACUGAAGUUCCUGAGGCCUACAAUAUGGUGCCUCCAAAGGUAAAGUGUUUGACAAGAAUCUGGCAUCCCAACAUUACAGAGACGGGAGAAAUCUGCCUAAGUUUAUUGAGAGAACACUCAAUCGAUGGUACUGGCUGGGCUCCAACUAGGACAUUAAAGGAUGUUGUCUGGGGAUUAAACUCUUUAUUUACUGAUCUUUUGAAUUUUGACGAUCCCUUGAAUAUUGAGGCUGCAGAGCAUCAUCUGCGUGACAAGUGUGUGCAUUAUGGGCUGGGUCAAAACAUGGUCUUGCUUGGUGGCCUGGUGAACAUGUACUGCUCAGCUUGAGAGAGAGUGUGGAGAUAAAGGAGGACUUCCGGAAUAAAGUUGAAGAUUACAUUAAGCGCUACGCGAGAUGAUGAAGGGAGAAGGAUGGCAGGAUCACGGCUUCCACACUAGAGUUGUCCUUAACUUCAACGACAAUAAACCAGCCUGGAUUGUA